AUGCCUGCCACGUUCUGGGAGCGGACGAAAGGGACGUCCAAAAAAGGGUUCGACAAGGCAUGGCACACCCUCGACAAACUAGGUGAUCCCGUCAAUCGCCUCUCCAAUCGAGUCGGCGCAGAGGCCUUUUGGCCGAUGGCGAUUGACAAAGAAAGCGACAAAGCGGCGCGCAUCUUACGAAGCUUUUGCAAAGACGGCUUUUAUGCUGAGGAUGAUGCGGACCGUCAGGCUACCGAUAGCGCAAUCACUCCACCAACCGGUAAGAUCGACCGUCCCAAAGGCAAACAACGAGUCCUCAAGAAGAUCCCCUCGAAAGUAAUCCAGCAGGCCAAGGGCCUCGCCAUCUUCACCACCAUGCGCACCGGGCUCUGGUUAAGCGGCUCAGGCGGAAGCGGUAUUCUGGUGGCACGGGUACCUGAAACAGGCGAGUGGAGUCCACCGUCGGGUAUCAUGCUGCAUACGGCGGGCAUUGGGUUUCUAGCCGGAGUGGAUAUAUAUGACUGUGUGGUCGUCAUCAAUACAUACCAAGCGCUAGAAGCAUUUAAGAAAGUUCGUUGCACCCUCGGUGGAGAAGUAAGUGCCUCUGCCGGCCCCGUUGGCAUGGGUGGUGUCUUGGAGUCCGAGGUCCACAAGCGUCAGGCCCCGAUCUGGACCUACAUGAAGAGUCGUGGCUUGUACGCUGGUGUCCAGGUGGACGGGACGAUCAUCAUCGAAAGAAGCGACGAGAACGAACGGUUUUACGGCGAGCGCAUAUCAGUCUCAGAUAUCCUCGCUGGAAAAGCCAAGAAUCCACCUGCUUCGAUUCAGACCCUCAUGCAGACUAUCAAGGCCGCUCAAGGGGACGCCAAUGUUGACGAAGACCUCUUGCCGCCUCCAGGGGAGGCUCCCGGCGAUGCGGAAGUUGGUCCUGCGCUUGGUUCCUUUGGAGUUCCAGACCCUGAAGAUCCCGAUCCGUUUGGCGUGAAAGCAUUGGAAGCGGAGGGCCUGUUCAUUCGCGAGGCGGGCUCGCGGAGCAGACCGUCACAGGAGGCAUUUGAAUUUAAACCCGCUCCGAGCAGUCCUGUGUAUGCUACCUUCCGCCGCAGCCUUGAUAGUUCACCCCGCAGUAGCUGGCGAGCGAGUGUGCAAAGCUACGCCAGCAUGGAUCGAGGGACUCAAACCGACGAUGGCCCGGCCACAGCGCCCCCUUCGGUCAGUCGCGCCUCUUCUCGGAGCUAUCGAGACUACGAAGAAUCCCAGAGUACCGCCACUUCCCCCGUUUCGAUUGAAGAUUCGACCAUGCCUUCCGAACUCCGACGUUACUCUCCCACCUUUACGCGGGCCCGGUUGGUUACUAUUCCGAAGCGCGUGCCACCUGCGCUCCCACCUCGGAAUCCCUCGCGCACUCCCGUCUCCAUCUCGACGUCGACUCCGACUUCGCCCACCGCAAGGUCUCGAUCUCACAGUCGUCACCGCUCGGUAGCAUCCAGCCCCGGACGCUCCGGGAUGGCUGGAUUUACCGAGCUACCUCUACACUCCAUGUCUGAUGACUCUCUCAGUGAUUCUUCGUCUAACGCAGCCCCCGAGUCGUACAACAAAACGUCUCCUGAUCGGGAUGAUUUCCACUCCGUCUCCAGCCUCCACGAUUCGGAUGUCGCAUCGGAGAGGGGAGCCAGCAUCAAGGAGCGGCCUGCUUCGCCUGCGGCUCGUUCGAUCCAGAAUGCUACUGUUGCCGGUGACAAGGAGGCCCUUGCAAAGACACUUGCUUCUGAUGCAGAUGUCAAGGGCGCCGCAGCAGCAUCUCCCCACCUUGCAUAA